AAAAUUAAAAUCUAAUAAUCAAUAUUGUAUAUUUUAAAAAAAAAUUAUUUUAUUUUUUUCAGAUUAUGUGCUUGUGUUGAAAAUGAAUCGAACGAUUGCAAUUCAUAAAUAUUUAUUGAAAACCUGCAUUCUCAUUACACUAAUCAUACUCUUGCUCACUCUACAUAUUCAAGUACCGGAGAAAAAUCAGUUUAUUAAGGAUGUCAGCAACCAAAUAUCAUUUUCUUUUAAACCCCAGGCCAAGUUCGUUUCCUUCUUGCCACCUCACAAAAUACAAUCUAGGAAUGAAGCAUUGUACAUCAAAAAACUAGAAAAUCUGGAAAGAGGAGUGUUGAUCCCCCCUGAGGAUGUAUAUACCCCUGUACCUGGAGCUAUAAACCUUGGUUUAGUUAUUGUAAAAAUAGAUAAUUAUGAAGGAAACAAAACUCUUGACGAAGAGUCAUUUAGAUAUGGCUUUGUAUAUAAAGUGAUGCGCACAAUGAAUCAAUUACUGCAAAGAGCUGGUCCAACACCCAUUCAUUUUAUCAUAGUGACUGAUGUUAAAAGUUCAAGCUGGGCUGGAAGAAUAGUUAGAACAACAAUAUCUCAACGCCUAGCUUUAGAUAUCAUUCAGACUAGAUACUUCCAAUGGAGAAAAAUGCCGUCUCUUCCUCCUCUAUACUUUAGUCUGGUGGAUUCAGGAGAGAUUCUGAAACUGAAUCCUGGAUUUAAUCAAGGAAUGAAGGAAAAUCUAAUGCCAACAGAUAAAACGGAUAAGUACAGAUCAGAUUUCUACUAUAUAGCACCAAACUAUCAUAAAGCUUUCUUAUCUCUGGAUAGAGCAGUUUUUAUUGAUGCUACUGAUCUUGAGUUCACAAUAGAUAUUAAAGAGCUGUAUAAUGAAUACUAUGCACUUGAUCAAACUGAGGCAAUAAUGUCUUUAAGUUUGGAUCUUGCGCCUCAUUACUUCCUCUUCCUCUCAGACUACAGGAAAAAGAAUCCAGGAACAGUAUUCGGUCAGCCUGGUAGAUACCAGGGAUUUAAUACUGGAGUAGUUCUCUACAGGUUUGACAGGAUGAGAGAGAACGAGGUUUACAAUAGUUUUCUGACAAGGGAGAAGGUUAACUUUCUUAUUCAGAAGUUUGGAUUCCAAAUAAGUUUAGCAGAACAAGAUUUUUUCACAAACCUUGGAUUUAUUCAUCCUGAACUUUUCCAUAUUCUUCCUUGUACUUUCAACAAACAGGAAUCUAUUCAGUACAACGCAGCACCUUUUGAAAGUAUCUUCAAUGCGUACCAUGACUGUGUUCCUAAAAAGGAUAUCAAGAUUUUUCAUUUGAACGGGUGCGGACCAAAUCACAAGGAUUGUGGGCAAAACCCAGCUCCGGGAUCUAAAUUCUACAAUGAUACAAAAUCACAAUUUCUACAUAUGGAUAUGCAGGUAUUCUGGAUGAGUCAAGUGAGUUUGGCAACGAAUGACUGGAAGUGGCUGGAGAGAUAUUAUGUGGAUGAAUUGGAGAAGUUUAGAAAGCUCCAGACAUAGCAGGCACCAGACUUAAGCAUGUGCGUGAUCACACAAAUAAAAUGUGCGUGAAUUUGAUUAAAAAUGUUGUUUUUAUCUCACAUAAUUAAAUAAAAUCUGUGAACUGCAGUUGAGCCUCAAGAAAAUAUUUACAUGCCCAAACCUUCAUCUGAGUAACAAUAAGGAAGAUGUCGUCGUUUCGAAAUAGAUACAUUCUGCCAAUUUUCUUCCUAGUAUGGGCUGCAUAGAUCUGAUCAAUCCCAUUUGUCCUAAAUAAACGAUUGAAAACCAUAAAAAAAGAAGAGAAAACAAGGAUAUCUUUAUCUUAUCUUAUCUAGGUUUUCAGAGCACUGCAGUUGUGAGAGGUUUUGAUUAGAAUUUUUAAAAGGAACUGAGUUUUCUAAUUUGUUAUUUUGUGAUAUUUAUUGUGAUAUUUAAAAAAGAUAAUUCUUAUUUUACAAUAUCCAAAGUAUACUACAUUGUGUUGCAAUUAGUUAUGAAGAUUAGAAAAUCAGAAAUUUUGGCAAAAACUCAGUUCCAUUGUCUCAUUCCAUUUUUAACCAAAUUCUGUUUAACCCUAACAAAAUGUGUUAUUCUGUAGAUAGUUUAAGAUGGCGCUAAUCUACAAAAAGCUAUUCACAGUGACAACUUUUAAUUGAAACAAUUUAAACUGAGAAAAGAUCUGUCUCAUAUUUUUGCAAUAUCUCAUAAACCUUUAGAGAUAUUCAACUGAAAUUAACCCCUAGCUUCGGAACACAAAAUCUAAGGAUUAGUGCAUGUGCUUUCUUAAGAGAUGAACAAUAUUGAUAACAUAAUUUUUUACUUAAAGGGACAUUUAGUUCAUGCAUGUGCAAUACUCAUUGGUCUGCCAUAAUCAAUAACUUUAAUAUUUGAAAAAUUUCUAACAGUGGGUAUUGUACAGGUAUUCUGGAUGAACGCUGUAACAAGAGCUACGGGAAAUAAAGCUUGGGAACAAAAUUAUUAUUACGAUAAACUUAAACUAUUCCGCCAUCU